UGGCAGUUGUAGACAUACAUUUAUAGAUGAAAAAUGAUUUUGUGAGGACUACCUAAAUGAUAGUGAAUUUCGGCUUAAUUUUAAAUUUAGAUCACGCUUCGGACAAGUGAGAUGUGUUAGUUGAUAAGAUAAGAUGCUGGCGCUGGGCAGAGCAGCCGCCGUGUGCGCCUUUUCCGCCUCUGCCCUCUCCCUUCGACUGGCCACCUCGACGAAAACGAAAACAAAAACAAACGUACACAAACAGGCCCAAACAGAUGUUCGUCUCCUGUUACGCAAUCUCGAUAAAUUGGCGCAAAAUUCAAUGACGUUGGUCAGAACACCGCCGGCAGCAGUUGGAAGAGCAACACGUGAAGCGGCGGGUCAGCAGCAAACAGUUAGGCGCUUCCACAACUCUGCAGCGGGAAACUCGAGGUAUUCGGCCAGCACCAUCAUGACAUCCUACCACAAGGAGCUGCUCCUGAAGGACUAUGGAAUAGUGGGCUUCGACCUGGACGGCACCCUUCUGCGCUACAAUCUCCACGAGAUGUCCGCGCUGAUCUAUCAGGUGCUCAAGCAGUUCCUCGUAGAGCAAAAGGGCUACGACAGGGAUCUACUCCUUCAAUCGCUCAACUUGGACUUUCUGCAGAAGGGCCUGUUCCUGGACGGGCCGCGUGGCAAUGUGCUGAAGCUGAGCAGCGAGGCCCAGAUCCUGCGAGCCACCCACGGCACCCGUCUACUAAGCGACACAGAAAUUCAAGCCAUCUACGGACGAGAUCGAAGGUGGGAAAUCACCACUGCCUUCUACAGGGACCCUCUUUCCACCUGGAAUGGCGACGCCUCGACGCAAAUGCGCUCGCUUUUGGAUUAUUUUGAUAUGCCCAGUGCCUUGGUCUUUGCCCAGGCGGUGGAUCUGGUCGAUAGGGGUAAGAAGCCAUCGGCAGGAGAGGAGUAUCAGGUCUGGCAGGAUGUGCAGGCUGGCCUCAUGAACAUCUACAGUCGGGAGAACUUCGCCAACGACCAGAGUCUCUAUUUUAAGAGCAUGCGAGCGGAACCGGAACGAUUUGUGCUCCGAACAGAUCCCAGCGUGAUGAACUGGCUUGGGGAACUGCGAAAAUCCGGCAAGAAGCUAUUUUUGCUCACCGGCUCCAACGUGGACUUCGCCAAUUUGACGGCCACGCAGGCGCUGGGCAAGGACUGGCGCAAAUACUUCGAUUUCGUGGUGACCUACGCCAAGAAACCGGGUUUCUUUACCAUGCAGCGUCCGUUCAUGCAGGUGGAUGUGGAAAAACUGGCAGAACUGCCGCAAGAGGCAGAGGACAUAAAGGCGGGCGAGGUCUACUCGCAAGGCAACUGGCACCAGCUGCACGCUGCCAUGGCUGGAAUGCUCCAGAAGAAGCCCUCUGAAGUCAAGGCACUAUACUUCGGUGAUAACAUAAUCCAGGAUGUUUACACGCCGGUCAAACACCGCGACUUCGAUGCCGUGGCCAUAGCCGAGGAGCUGCUCCUUGAGGAUGGUAAAUAUCCGUACGCUGCCGAGUUGGACUCCCAGCUGUGGGGCCCAUACUUUGCCCUGGAAUGCACACCCACUCUGUGGUCCAGCUUCAUCAGCAGCUAUGCCCAGUUGUGCGUGCCCUCGGUGGAGCAAGUGGCGCAGACUGCGCCAGAUAAGCGAAUCGUUUGCCACAAUCCGUAUGGCUUCAGUCCGCGGCUGCCCAAGGAGCUGGAGACUGUGCAGCUGAAGAGCUGCUGGCGUGGAUAGGCGCCGUGCUAUCAUCUUCCUUGAGACAAUAACCGACCUGCGAUUCCGAGGCGCGGUAAAUGCGAUAAGGCUUCUAUCAGUAGAAGCCUCUCUAAAUUCUUACGUACAAACCAUUGUAUUUGAUAAUAGCAAUAAAAACGCGAGAUUCUGAAUUAUUCAAUUUAGCGUCCACAGUGUACUCCAUAGCAUUAAGGUUUUCCACACUAGACGUACAACUAUUUUAGUUCCCUCUAACAAAUGCAUGUCAUGUCAGUAAUAGCUAGUUCUUUUGUAAUAUGUGUACUGUAUUAUAUUUUGAGCUUUCCACUUUUCGCAAUGCGAGAUUCGUGGUCUUAUUCCAAAGGCCACAACUAUGCCCGAUAAAUAUUGGCACAAUAAACAACUAACUUUCACGAUAAUAAAUUA